UCAAAGAAUAUUCCAACAACUAAAGAUGUUGAACCUUUGCUAGAAAUUGAUGGUGAUAUUCGAAAUUUUGAAGUAUUUUUGUCAUCACGAACUCCAGUCCUUAUAGCACGAGAUGUAAAAACCUUUUUACCAUGUACAGUGAAUCUUGAUCCCAAACUACGAGAAAUUAUUGCAGAUGUCCGGGCUGCAAGAGACCAAAUUAAUAUUGCAGCAAUUCCAUAUCCUGCAAUGCCUUUACAAGAUGCAGCUCCUAGAGCAUCAUCAGUAUUUAGUCAGCCAUCAUCAGCCUGCUCUUCAACCCAUUCUUUUAAUGGACCUUUCAAUGGAGGAGUUGUAUCACCACAGCCUCACAGCAGCUACUACAGUGGAAUGACAGGACCUCAGCAUCCAUUUUAUAACAGACCAUUCUUUGCCCCAUAUGUUUACAUGCCAAGGUAUUACCCUGGCAAUUCUCAUCUCACCUCCCGUCCAUCACUAAAAUCGAAUUUGUCCAGGGAACAAAGCAAUGGUCUAGGGACAAUCCCUGGAUCAGGAGCAUCCCAUGUGCCUUUGAGCUCCAUGAGUGUGGAUGCUGUGUGUGAGAAACUGAAACAAAUAGAAGGACUAGAUCAGACUAUGCUGGCUCAGUAUUCUGCAACUAUAAAGAAGGCUAAUAUAAACGGUCGUGUAUUAGCACAGUGUAACAUUGAUGAACUAAAGCGUGAGAUGAACAUGAAUUUUGGGGACUGGCAUCUUUUCAAGAGUGCAGUACUUGAAAUGAGAAAUGCAGAAAGUCAAGCUGUCCAUGAAGAUUCCCGAACAGGAAAUGAGCAUGCCAAUACAAUUCCUCAUAAUGAACUUACUCGACAUCCUACACUGAACAAUGAAUUACCUCAUACAGAACUUACUGGUCUUCCAGGUCAAGCUCCUUAUACUCUCAAUUUCAGCUUUGAAGAGCUGAACAAUAUUGGCCUAGAGGAAGCCCCUCCACGUCAUAGCAAUCUAAGUUGGCAGUCGCAAGCCCGUCGGACUCCAAGUCUUUCAAGCCUCAAUUCUCAAGAUUCUAGUAUUGAAAUUUCAAAGCUUACUGAUAAGGUACAGGCAGAAUAUAGAGAUGCAUAUAGAGAAUAUAUUGCUCAAAUGUCACAGUUAGAAGGAGGUGCAAGUUCUAGUACAGUGAGUGGUAGAUCUUCACCACAUAGUUCAGCAGCAUUUUAUAUGGGCCAGAGCACAUCAACAGGUUCUCUUCAUUCCAGCAUGGAACAAGAUAAGGGAAAGGAUGCUGAACAGAAACAAGAUGAUGUAAGGAAGUCCUUCUUGAUUAAGCGGAAUGAUGUUGUAGAUUACAGUACUUCAGUAUCUACUAAUGAUGCGUCUCCAUUGGAUCCCAUUACUGAAGAAGAUGAAAAAUCAGAUCAGUCUGGAUCCAAGCUUCUUUCUGGAAAGAAAUCUUCAGAAAGAACUAACAUUUUCCAAGCUGCAGACCUAAAGUUGAAAGGAGUAGCUCUGCGUUAUCAGAAACUUCCAAGUGAUGAAGAUGAGUCUGGAACUGAAGAAUCUGAUAAUACACCUCUCCUCAAGGAAGGUAAAGACCGGAAAAUAGAAGGAAAAGUAGAAAAGCAAUCCAAAUCUCCAGAUCAUGGUUCUGAGCCCAUUAGAACCUUGUUUAAAGCAAAGGAGUAUUUGACAGAUGCUCUUCUAGACAAAAAGGAUUCCUCUGAUUCUGGAGUAAGAUCCAAUGAAAGCUCUCCAAAUCACUCUCUCCAUAAUGAUGGAGAUGACUCACAGCUUGAAAAAGCAAAUCUCAUUGAGCUGGAAGAUGAUGGCCACAGUGGGAAAAGGGGAAUUCCACACAGCUUGAGUGGCCUUCAAGAUCCAACAAUCGCACGUAUGUCAAUUUGUUCAGAAGAUAAGAAAAGUCCUUCAGACAGCAGUUUAAUAGCAAGCAGUCCAGAAGAGAAUUGGCCAUCAUGUCAAAAAGUCUACAAUUUAAACCGAACGCCUAGCACAGUCACCCUGAAUAAUAAUAGUGCACCAACCAGUAGAGCCAAUCAGAAUUUUGAGGAGAUUGACGGUAUCAGAGAGCCUUCUCAAAUGAUUCUGUGUCCUGGAUCAAGUUCUAACUCAGUUACAGUUCAGAAUGAUAAUAUUAAAGGUGUGACCCAUAAGCGCAGUCAGCGUUCAAGUUAUACAAGGCUUUCAAAAGAUUCUUCUGAGCUUCUUACUGUUACUGGUUCUGAUGCUGCAGGCUUUGGAGAAGAGAGAGAGAGUAUUCUUUAAAAGUAAUCCAAGUUAAAACAUUGUCUACCUACCUGAUUUAUUUAUUUUUAUAUUUUUUACAUAGCCUCCUUUUAUUAGUUCCUCAUCGGACAUAUACAUUUUUUUACCAUUCCAGUCUACAGCUUGUUUCCGUGUCCUCUGCUCAUAUUGCUGUUUUCAUAAAAAAAAUUAAGGCUGUAAUCCAGUCAAAAUAUCAUGGUUUUCAAUAGCAGAAAUACAUAGUGUAUUGAAAAUUAGUUGAAUAACCAGCAAAAAUGAGCACCCAUUUAUCAGGUAAAGAUGGUGUUUAAUUUUUCUAGGGCAAAUAAAAAUGUUUUGGUCUGCAUGUUGAAAAGUGAUGCUGAGACAAAAAUGAGUAUCAGACCUGUGUAAGAAUCAAUGCACCAAUUUGAUUAACAUUUUUAAUUAUCAAAUAAAACAAAUGGCUAGAGAACUACAAACUUGAUACCUAUGAAUUUAUACUUUCCACUUCCGUAUGUGACACUUUAAAGUAUUGAUGUUUUACUCUCUGAAACAGAAAUAUUAAAACGCAACUUUUUUUUUUUUUUGCUGUUUUUAACUGAUUUUGUCUUUGGGAAUGCCAUAUUUGUGAUUGUAAAUUUGAAAAAGGAAUACUGCAUGUUUGAAAUGAUCAUUGUGCUUGAGAUUUAAGAAUAAAUCACCUGCUUUUUUUUUUUUGUUUAUCAUAGACUACAAUACAACAAUAGUACUAAAGUAAUUGCAAAGAGUAAGUGUGAUUGUGGUGUUCCAUGACGUUAUUGCAAGGGAGUGCUUUGGUGUAAUCUUUUGAAAGUAUUUCUCAUUUUAAAAAUAGUGGCCUUUGAUUAAUACGUUUUACCUAAUUGUGGAGAGCAAACAGAAUUGGAGGCUUUCGUGGCCUUAGUAGUAAGCAAAAAUGUAAUGUUUGCCUUUAUGUAGCAAUGUAGCAUGUAAUUAUGUCCAUUCUGUUUUUAGUAUUGUGACUAAAAUAUCAGUAAUUUGUACUGCAAAUUUGUAUGCACGAUUUUAAGUAUGAUUUGUGAAUUGCAUAUAUUCCACUACUAUAGAGAGAAUAAUAAAGUAACAGGCAUGCUA